CGCAAUCUUGAUAGUAUACGCGUAUAUCUACGAGGGAUUAGACCAGAGCUUUGAUUUUUCACACUGUUGCAUGUGCCCUUUUAAACUGUAUACCUACCUUGCUUCUGUAUUAACCUUAUCAUGUCUACAAAGGAAGCACCUGUCAAUGCUGGUCACGCUUAUGCCAAUGCGGCAGAAGAAUAUGAAGACAGGGAGAAUUGGACACAAGCCAUAGAAGCCCAUCAACAUGCAGCAGAACAAUUCCAAAAAGCAAUUGACGACACCCAAGAUCCAGAAGCACGAAAAACCUUGCAAUUACUUACAGCCAACCACACCCGCAAAAUCAAGGACAUUCAACGCCGAAUACAAUUCAAGCGGCAAAUGGAACGAACAUCCCCUCCGCCUCCUGUGCAUGCGGUGGGAAAUACCGGCUAUAAAAUGACCAAUGCUUAUUCUGAUAUGAACGGAUUACGGAACGCUUUACCCGAUGGUAAGCUCUUUGCUUCUAGUAAGCAGCAAUUAAUGGCCUCACUUAGUGUGAUGGGAGGAUCCUACGCCGUGCUUUCCACUGAUGAUCAAGACGAUUCUGAUCCGUUUGAGAAAUUUUGGGAGGUGAUUUUGCGCAUGUUGGGCGGCAAAUCGAAUCCCGUCGCUUUCACGUCGGCUCCCAUCGAUGAUGACGAUAUUCCAACCCCUCUUUCCAAAGCGGAAGACGACGGUUCCAACUGCGACGCCAAUGGCGAUGACGACUUGCUACAUCAACACAUGCUCGAUUCCUAUUACGUUAUUCCUGUUGAUGAUAAUGACGGUUCCGACACUCGGCCAUCGGGAAAAAACAAGAGUCAACUCGACACACAAAAACCGGCCAAUGCAAAUACAUCGAGCCACGAAUGCCGAACGCUGGAAGAAUACGCGGCGGAAAACGGGCGAUUAAAAGCCAAGAUUGACCAAUUGACGCGGCGAAUACAACGCUUGGAAAAAACGGAAGCUGAAAGCAAUAUGUUGAAAAGCAGUUUUAUUCAGUUUCGAAACGAUGUUCAGAAACAAGCCCAGCGGAUCAUGCAAACCCAAGAUGCCAACUUGCGAUCCUCCUCCGCCAUCUCACUCGCCGCCAGCACCAACGCUCGUUUCCCGCCGUCCAUGAUGGCCAACAACAUGAUCCAUUCUGAUCUAGUAUUCCGUAUUAAAGAGUUGGAGGAAGAGAAUCGUCAGCUCAAAGCCCGGAAUGAAAAGCAGGAAGGACUAAUGAAGAAAUAUCGCGAACGAUGGGAAAAACUAAAAGAGAGUGCAAAAAAACGAAGGCAGCCGCUAUCGGAAGAGGCUGCUACGGCUGCUACCAGCAGCACUUCUUCAUCUUCGGAUGCUUCAGGAAGCAAGCCUCCAACACUGCUAAGAACCCUGGCGCAACAACAACAGCCGCCGACUUCAUCCUUACAACUGUCAUCGACUAAUCAUUCUCAUCGGUCGAAUGUAAAUAUGCUUGGCAGUGGAAGGAAAUCUUGAAAGACGGA